AGAACAAAAAUAAACACGUCAGAUGUCAAAAUUUGUUGUGUCAUGUUGCUGUAAUAUUUUUGUAAUAAACCAAACACUGUGAACUCGUCUUAAAUAGAAUAAUUGUCAGCCAUAGUUUAUAACUGAGCUAGAAAACUGUUGUUACGUUCCCACCAUGCAUUGGUACGGAGGCAGUAUCGCGGAAGCGGUGACACUAUCAAAACAGAGAAAUGCAAUUUUCGUGGUCUUCGUUGAAGGUGAAAACGACAUGUCAGUCGAGAUGGCAGCCACUAUAGAUGACACCGACGUGCUGAGCCGACUCUCCAACCAGUCCAAUUUUCUAGCCAUCAAGCUGAAGAGCGGCUCGCCUAACUAUAACUACUUCGCUCAGAUUUAUCAAUUCGUGCCGGUUCCGUCCUUGUUCUUCAUUGGUCGGAAUGGUAUGCCUCUAGAGGUAGUAUGCGCAGGAGUGCAGGCGAGCAACUUGGCUGUGCGGAUAGAUAGGAUCCUUGAGCAGCAUUACAAAGAUAAGCAGCCAUCUCCCACCAGCGCUCAAUCAGCCAUUGAACAAGUCCAGCCAUCCACGUCAUCCACCAACAUCCACGGCUCCAGUACCCUGAAGGAGCAGACUGGCAGCUUCGUUCAGACUGAGACUGCCGCCAUGGUGACGCAAGCUGCUGAGGCUGCCCAGCAAGUACAUGACGAUGAAGCAACAGGUUCACCCCCACCGAAAAUCCCGAAGACCGCCCAGGAGUCGAAGUCACUGACUCCAGAUGACAUGGAAUGCGAUGGUGACGUGUGUGUGAGGCGAGCGUCCAACGAGGCGGGACCCAGUCAGGCACCCACACCUAGUCUGCCUAGCACGCCUGCUUCGUCACAGGCGCCGGAUUUGUCGACCACAGAAAGUGUAGGCAGCAUGGAGGAGAAGAUGGAGCGAGCCAAGGAGCUGAUAGAGGCCAGGAGGAGGGAGAAAGCUGAUAAAGAAAAGGAGUUGGAGAAAGAGAAAGAGAUGGAGCGGCGUGCUCAGGGAAAAGGUGUCGCAGAGUUGAAGCGGUGGCAGGCAGACCAGGAACUUAAACAGAUACAGGAGGAGCGUCGUCGUGAGAAGAUGGAGAACAACUUGGCCCGGCAGCGGAUACUGGAGCAGAUCGCGCAGGACCGGCGCGAGCGGCGCGCGCGGGACGGCCCGCCGCCCGCACCGCCCGCACCGCCCGCCGCACCGCCCGCACCGCCCGCGCAGCCCACUGCCACGUCAGGCGACGUGGGUACGGGCGCGCGCAUCCAGUUCAAGUUGCCGGACGGCACGUCCCACACGGCGCACUUCCACGCCGACGGGACCCUCGCAGACGUACAGAGAUACGUCGCCGAUAAUCUACAGUUAUCGACGUCGUCAUUCGCGCUGUGGACGGCGUUCCCCCGGCGCGAGCUGACGGAGGCGGCGGCCAGCCUGCGCGGCCUGCAGCUGGCGCCGUCGGCCGCGCUACUGGUGCUGCCGCGCCGCCCCGCGCCCGCCGUCGCCAGCCCGUCUAGUGUCGCUACUAUUAUCACAUUCUUCUCACAGCUAUUCACGACUAUGAUCCUAGAACCAUCACAGACUUUCCUAGUUUGGUUGCGCACGCGCCUGUUCCCCCCUCCGGCCACGUCCCCCCGAACCCCGCGGGCUCCUUCCCCUGGUCCCCCGGCCGCCUCAGGCGGGGUCCGGCGACGAGGCAACAUACAUCGUCUACCCAGCGACCGCGCACCUGAUGAUGACAAUAAUACUUGGAAUGGUAACUCAACACAACAAAUGUAAUUUUUAACUAACUCACAGUCCGCACUAGGGUUUUUUACUAUUUUCGAGCAUCCUCGAACGAUUUCGGUGUACCUCGAUUGAUUUCGGGCACGUGUUUUAGCGAAAAUGUGAAUUUAAACAUUCCUAUGGCCUUAAUAUUGAGCUGUACGUUUCCCUAGUGCGAACGGGGGUUUUUGGAAUAUCUAGUUUGUGCUAGAUUUUUUGUCUACCAUGUCUUAUAAGUUGUAGAUUUUUACUUCCAUAUAAAUGUUUACAAUAUUCAAAAAGAGGUGUAAUGUAUCUAGACUAAUAUUUUGCCUCGGUUUCAUCCGAUUUCCUUCUUAUUAUGUCUUAGCGUAAUGUUAGGUGGCCUAUAACCUAUUUCCUUGAUUAGUUGCUCGUUAAUACGACUGCUAAACAAUUGAGUCCGAUUCUCGGGUUAAUAGUAUCACUAAUAAAUACGGAGUAUGACAAAUAAGUGGCCCUCUAUUACAUGCGAUUUGAAAAUCAAAAUACCAGGCGAGAUAGUCGUCAACCGUCGGCCCAUCAAAUAUAAAAAAAAUAUAAAAACUAACUAUCACCCGAGAUGAGGUCUCUACCUAACAUCACGCUAAGAUAUUUAAGUACAGAGCAGAAUUCAGUUACUUUAUCAUUUCAUUGAUCAAUAUUAUUCUCCAUUACGCAAAAACCAUCAUAAAAAAUCAAAUCUUAUACUUAAGGUCGAAAUAAACCGGUUUUAAUUCAAAAUCUCUUGAACUGUAUAUAUUUUUGUUUAAAACUCCAUACAACUGAUGCCAAUAGCUACGAUAAAAUUAUACAUUUCGGUAAGAAUGCGGAGGAAUUGCACAACUUGAUUCCCCCUAGUCCUUUCCAUCAUCGUAC